CGCUGCAGGUGGUGGCGCGUGCUCGCUCGCUCGCUCGCUCGCGGGCGGCGGCAGAGGAGGAGGAAGGGAUCGAAGACAUGAUGGCGGCGGCCUCGCGGGUGGCAGCCCCGCAGCUAGGAUCCCGAGUGGCUCGGCAGGCGGGCGAAGCGACAGCCGGGCGAUAAGAGCAGUCCCACACACACACCUCUCCGUCGUCGUCAUCCCCUUUCUCUACCUUUUCCCCGCCACCCGCCCAGAGACGGACAGGAGGCGGCGGGGUCUCGGGGAUGGCGGCCCCGGCCCCCCUUCAGCCGCCGCCUCAGCGGCUGGGCCCGCAGCUCCGGGUCGUCGUGGAAGUGGCCCUGCGGGCGCCCUGCCUCUUCUUCAUCGACGCCAUCUUCAACUCGGUCCCGGUAUUUCCCGGUGACUCCCUGUGGGCCGGCCUCAUGGCGGGGCUGCUGCGGCUGCUGGGUGUCUUUGUAUCCAGUGUUGUUUUGGUUCUGCCACAAAGAGCACUUUUCAAGUUUUAUACGAUCAGCUCUGCUUUUCUGCUAGCGGCAACAUCAGUGUUGGUGAACUAUUAUGCUUCUUUGCACAUAAAUGACCACGGUGCCUAUUACACAACAGCUUUUGGAGUUCAGCUCCUCCCUCAUAAAGGACCUUCCUUAUGGAUGGCACUCUCUGUCCUUCAGCUUGCCUUUGGAAUUGGCUAUGUUGCACUGUUCAAUAUUGAGUCCAUAUACUCUCAACUAAUCAUCCUGGAUUUAUUGAUUCCUAUUGUAGGUGUGAUCACUGAAUUACCUUUACACAUCAGGCAGAUCUUAGUCUUUACCUCAGGCUUCAUUUUGACAUUAUACACUCUGGUAAUUUUAGUCCCUAAAAUGAAGUGGUUCUACUACUCUAUAAGGUAUGUCUAUCUUCUUAUAAGGCACAUGUAUCGCAUUUACGGAUUACAAUUGUUGCUGGAAGAUACAUGGAAAAGGAUUCGUUUUCCAGAUAUAUUGCGUGUCUUUUGGCUAACGAGACUCACAGUUCAAGCCAUUGUGCUAACUUAUGUUAUCAAAACAGCAGAAACUGAUCCAAUCAUGAAAUACUAUAUGAUUUCUUGGGACAAUUUGGGGGAAUUAUUUUGCAGCCUUAUUAUCAGUGGGUGUGAUUCUACUUUAACUGUAUUAGGUAUGAGUGCUGUAAUUUCAUCUAUAGCUCACUAUCUGGGGCUUGGUAUUUUGGCCUUUAUUGGAUCCACUGAUGAAGACGACAAGAGGCUUGGUUUUGUGGCACCAGUUUUAUUUUUUAUUUUAGCCCUGCAGACUGGUUUAAGUGGGCUCAAGCCAGAAGAGAGACUAGUCCGCUUAAGUCGAAACAUGUGCCUUUUGCUCACCGCAGUCCUACAUUUUAUCCAUGGAAUGACAGACCCUGUCCUGAUGUCUCUGAGUGCCUCCCAUGUGUCCUCGUUUCGCAGACACUUCCCUGUGCUUUUUGUCUCAGCUUGUCUCUUUGUUCUUCCAAUUUUUCUCAGUUACAUCCUUUGGAACCACUAUGCACUAAAUACUUGGCUGUUUGCUGUCACAGCAUUCUGCGUGGAACUCUGUCUAAAGGUUGUUGUUUCUAUCACUGUGUAUGUACUGUUCAUGAUUGACGGCUACUAUAAUGUCCUAUGGGAAAAGCUGGAUGAUUAUGUCUACUAUGUUCGAUCAACGGGCAAUAUUAUUGAGUUUAUAUUUGGAGUAAUCAUGUUUGGGAAUGGUGCUUACACCAUGAUAUUUGAAUCAGGAAGCAAAAUCCGGGCUUGUAUGAUGUGUCUACAUGCCUACUUCAACAUUUACCUGCAAGCCAAGAAUGGUUGGAAAAUCUUUAUAAAUCGCAGGACAGCUGUUAAGAAAAUCAACUCACUUCCUGAAGUCAAAGGAGAGCAGUUACAUGAAAUAGAUGAUGUGUGUGCAAUCUGCUAUCACGAGUUUACCACAUCUGCUCGUAUUACUCCAUGUAAUCAUUACUUCCAUGCACUUUGCCUUCGGAAAUGGCUCUAUAUUCAAGACACUUGUCCAAUGUGCCAUCAAAAAGUUUAUAUCGAGGAUAAGGAGAACACGAAUCUCUCAAAUAACAAUGACUUUGUUGCACUUGAUGAAAAUGAACCUAAUGAAAAUCCUGCACAAGGAGACAUAGCAGCUGCUGGUGCUGAAAAUGAACUAAAUGAAGAUAAUGAAAGUACUGAGAGUGAGGAGGAGGAGGAGGAGGAGGAGACACAGAGCUCGACUCAGUCUGGUGUCAUAGUGCCCAAACUUCCCUCUGAACAUUGAGCCUCAGUUUGUGCAGGUUUAAAAUGUCAUGUACUGAACACUGUGGGUGUUUGUUAAUAGUGGAGUUCAACAGUGGAAUAAAAGCUUCACUUCAUCAGUGUGUAAGCACAAGAACAGUAUCUUAAAAUGUUAAAUCUGUGAAUGGGUUGUCUAUUUACUGUGAUGUGCUACUGUAAAUAUACCUCUAAUUACUACUGGUCUCUUUUGUGACCACCUUAAACUUUAUGUACAUUAUUGUACAUGGAAUAAAGUGUUUUCGCAUAUUUUUUUAAAAAGUUGAACAAAACACUUCUUAAUUGAUAAUAAAAUUUUAGCGUGUACAA